ACAAAUUGAUAGCCGUUUGAUCGUUCCUCUCUUAUCCAUUUACGCCAGUAGAGCGACGGCGGAGGCCGCCGGAGAAGGGAUUGAUAUCGGCAGUGCGAGGCAGGCAAUGACGGCCUCCCUAGGGUUGCCCUCCUUCUCCUCGUCUCCCAUUAUUUCCUCCUCGUUUCCUCCGCCGAGCCACAAAGCGCUCGCUUUCUUCACUCCCAGAGCUGAUCGCACCACCGCAACAGGAACUUGCAGGGCUAGUCAAGCAGUUGACUUGUUUCCAACUAUCUGGCCCGACAUCAUGGUUCGAGAUGCGGUGCCAGAGGAUUAUUGGGGAGUGGCAGAUACUCAUUGUAGUUGUUUCUUUCCAAAUUGUAGGUUCCCAAUCAAUCUUCUUCUCAGGAUCAACCGCUGUGUAAGGUUGCUUUCUGGGUUCCCAGUUCCUCUAGGCAGUAUGUGGGCGUGUCUUGUUGCUGUUACUGGUAGUCCAGUGAACAAUAGCUCAUUUAUUCAGAGGGAUGAUCUUGAACCAGAAGACAUUGACAGCAUUAAGAAAGGAUGUGUAGCUGGAAUUCUUACAGUUGAUACAAUGGCUGACUUCCUUCCUAGGAAAGGUCCACUUCUACAAAGAAGAACAAGAAUAGCAUACAUAUCAAAUGUUGCGGUUAGGAAGGCGCACAGACGAAAGGGGAUUGCCAAGAUGCUCAUGGCCAAUGCAGAGGCCCGAGCCUGGAUUUGGGGAUGUCGUUCUGUGGCAUUGCAUUGCGACGUAAACAACUUAGCUGCUAUGAGAUUAUACAAGGAGCAGGGCUACAAGUGCAUACAGGUGCCAGCAAAUGCAAAAUGGCCCAAACCAAGGAGCAAACCAGGUACCCAGUUUAACUUUAUGAUGAAAAUUAUAAACCCUAAUGCAACCCCUUGAUUAGGUUUUACAUCUACUACUCCAACUUAAUCAUAUCUAUGAUAUAUAUACCAUCAAACUGCUAAAGGGCUCAACGCAAUUGUUGCUUUAGUUCAUAAUAAAACCAAUCAUAAUGUUGUACAAUUGUCUCCUAAUCUUCACCUAAUUAAUUUUAGUAUACUUAAAAUUGAAUUCCCAUUGUAUAAAUUUCAUGACACACUUGUGAGGAUAAUUCUUAUACAACAAAGUAUAGUUGUAAUUCAUUAAAUCCAGUCAAAAUUCGUUGUUUGUGCUUUUGGAUUUCCUGGUGAAUAUUUGAUGUCCAUUUAUAAUUUA